UUUACAUAAGGAAGGUUUUAUACUGUUCCUUGUUAAACAAAUAAUUAUUUAUUAUAACAAUGACAUCUGUGAAAGAUUCAUUAAGAGAAGACAUUCAAAUAGAACCAUCAUCUUUUUUAGAAAAUUCAACAGAUCAUAAUUCGAGGUGCGGAUCGCCGAAACGAGGAACUACACUUUCAACGAGUACAAGUAGUUUUGAAGCAUUGGAUCCCCAUGAUCCAAAUCUUAGUCGCUUAGCUAAUACGAUGUUUCAAAAGACUGGAGAAUACUUACAAGAGGAACUUACAGCUACCCAUGCUGAUUAUCGUUUAUUGGAACGAUUAAACAAAGAAAGUAUUGCAAAAUAUACUGAAUUGAAAACAAUAUCGUCUAGUGCAGCUCAAUCAUUGGAUUCUUUAAACGAGAAAUAUAAAAAAUUGCAACCAAUUUUAGAUAAUAUUAAUGAAAUUGACGAUAGUGUAACUAAACUAGAACAAGCUGCUUAUAAAUUGGCAGCAUAUUCAAAACGAUUAGAAGCAAAAUUUAAGGACAUUGAAAAAGAUAUCAAAAACAAAUAA